UUUAAUAAAAAACGGAGAGUUGGGAUGCCUUUUCUCUUCUGCCACUCCAUCUCCUCCUCUUCCUCCCGCUUUGGAACGGAAAAAUAAAAGGGAAGCGUCUCCGGCACCGCCUCUCAACCCCCUCGUCUUCGAAGAUGUCUAGCUUCAGCGGCGACGAGACCGCACCCUUCUUCGGCUUCCUCGGCGCCGCAGCCGCCCUCGUCUUCUCCUGUAUGGGGGCGGCGUACGGGACGGCGAAGAGCGGUGUGGGGGUGGCCUCGAUGGGGGUGAUGAGGCCGGAGCUGGUGAUGAAGUCGAUCGUGCCGGUGGUCAUGGCGGGAGUGCUGGGGAUUUACGGCCUCAUCAUCGCGGUCAUCAUCAGCACCGGGAUCAACCCUAAGGCCAAGUCCUACUACCUCUUCGACGGCUACGCCCACCUCUCCUCCGGCCUCGCCUGCGGCCUCGCCGGCCUGUCCGCCGGCAUGGCCAUUGGCAUCGUCGGCGACGCCGGCGUCAGAGCUAAUGCACAACAGCCCAAGCUCUUUGUUGGAAUGAUCCUUAUCCUCAUCUUUGCCGAAGCGCUGGCCCUCUAUGGCCUCAUUGUUGGCAUCAUUCUAUCAUCUCGCGCAGGCCAAUCAAGAGCAGACUAAAAGAGGGCGGAGAGUCAUGCUUGGUAGGCUUGUUUGAAAAGUUAGAUCCUUAUCUGCCUCAAAAUCAUACCAGGUCUGCAAUUCUUCAUGUGCUUGUAUUCUCGUGAAAUUUUGGACUGGUCAUUUUCUAUGUAGGAUUACUCUUUUAGCACAAUAGGGAUGAAUAUGUAUGCGAAUAAAGAUAACAUAGCUGUUACCUUUUAGGCUGCAGCUUUUGAAUUAGAGCUUCAGCUAUUGUGAAAACUGCCAAUGUAAACUUGACCAAUUUUUUCACCUGGUGGCCUAAAUUUCUUUA